AUGCCAGCACCCCGCCCAUCUUCUGCGGUGCGACCCGGGUCGCCAGGCAGAAGGCGACUGGGCGAAGGCAAGGGCACCGAAUGGGAGUUCCAUCCGCCAUCUCCGGCAGCGCUGCCGGCAUUCCAGUUAAAGGCAGAUUUGGUGAACCAUCAGGAAAAAAUGGAAGCAAUCAUCGGCGAGAUGCUUGCCAAGAUCCCGCAACUCACAUCGCAGGCAGUCAGAGAGGAGCUUCUAAAGACUCAAUGGCCGCUGCACAGGAAGCGCAGCUCCCUGCACACGUCUCAACGCAGCUCGCUACGGCUAUCUGGCGGUGUGGACUUCCCCAGCCUCCCACAGGCUGCGUCUGUAAAGCCACCCGGCAUGAAUGACGAAGAUCUGAACAAGGAGCUGGCUAUGUCUCGCUCAACAAGCAGCUUUUCUCCAUCACGCGGGGGCUCUAAGCUCGAAGCUUGGGGAGGCAAUGAAGAAGAGGCCGUGACGUUCAAGCUGGAAAGGAAUAAAGUCAGAGGCGUCAAAUCCUAUCUAGAGAAAAAAAGUCAGCAGCUUGAUGCAGCAACAGGAAAGAGAUGCCAGCGUUUUGCAAGGAUGGUAGUCACGCACCCAAAGUUUGAGUGGUGUUGCGCCAUCCUGAUUCUGGUCUGUGCGGUGAUGAUUGGUGUGGAAGCUCAUUGGACCGUGGGAAACAUUGGAGCCUCCGAGCCGUUGUCCUUCCGAGUGCUGAACUCUCUUUUCAAUAUAGCGUUCAGCAUUGAGUUGCUACUGCGAGCCAUAGUGGAUGGCAUGUAUUUCCUGUCCUACAAGAACCCCUCCAUCCACUGGAAUUUGAUGGAUUCGCUUCUCGUUGCCAGUGGCUUGGUUGAGGAAAUCCUGUUCCUAGUGCUGGUCACUGCCAGCACAAACUUGUCAGGCCUUAAGAUUCUUCGGAUGGUCCGUCUUGCGCGGAUCUUGCGGAUCGUGAAGGUGGUGCGCUUCUUUUCAGAGCUGAGGGUGAUGGUGAACGGGGUGAUCGGCUCAGCGAAGUCGCUGAUUUGGGCUCUCCUCCUGCUUGUGCUCGUGAACUUUUUAUUUGGGGUGCUUGUCAUGCAGCUCUCUGUGGAAUAUUUGGAAACAGUCAAUCCGAAUGCAGAACUUCUGGCAUACUUCGGCACGCUUCCACGCACCAUGCUGACCCUGUAUGAAGCAGUUUCUGGCGGCAUAGAUUGGAAUAAUGCUGUGGUCACACUUCGUCCUGUCAGCAUGUGGAUGGAGUACAUCUUCUCCGCGUAUGUUUUCUUCACAGUCUUCUGCUGCAUGAACAUCGUUACGGGCAUCUUCGUGGACAAUGCCAAGGCUUUGAAAGUGGCAGAUGAAGAAGCCAUGCAUCAUGAAGCGAUGAAGGAGCGCCAGAAGUGGAUUGUCGAAGUAGCCGAUCUGUUUUCCCGAAUCAGCGAAGCACAUGCUGGUCAGCUGACGAAGGAGCAGUUCGUGUACCAUCUCACAAACAGCGACAGAAUUGCAACGUGUUUCUCACACUUGGGCAUUAACACGGAAACCACGAACACCGACGAGCUCUGGGACCUCUUCGACAUGGAUGAAAAUGGGUGCAUCGACCAGGAUGAGUUUGCCAUGGGUAUCAGACAAUUCCAUGGUCCUGCCCGAAGUAUCGACUUAUUCAAGAUGAGGAGAGAAGUCAAGGAACUGUUCAAAUUAGUCAAAGAGCAGGUCUCCCUUGGCUGA